AUGAACCCGCAAAAUUUUUCGGACCAGGGACUCGCGAUCCACGACCCUCUUGCGCCCUCUGAGCAAUCUUCUGCGAUUAAAGGCGUCAAUCAAGCAACAACUGUGAUUCAAGACUCACCAGCAUAUCUCCCCCUUUCAAGAUCCCUAAAAGACGGCGAUAUACUAUUGCUCCUGACCCCGGCAGUCGCUCCUCGUUAUGCCACCCCCAACCCCGAAACCGGCCACUCGACCAGUGACCCCUUCGAACCGCUCGGAAAGGCCCUGGCGAAGAAACACCCAUGGGUUCGGCAGGUUCCUUAUAUCCCCAGGAAUGGGAUCACUGGGACUCAUGUCGUGCACAUUAGGUUGGCGAAAUCAGUUGUGUUUGUUAUCUCAGGUCCGCCUUGCUUUGGUCAACCUCCGCAGGUCGCACUGGCUGAGACGGUACGAUCACUAUGUGAAAACCGACCGCUAAUUGUGUUGGCAUGUUGCAACGUUAGGUGGCUAGGCCCCCUUGAGAGCUCAUUCCCAACGGUCAUUCAGAAUUCUGGCUUCACUCCCCCAGAGCUCGAAGCAGCAGCCGAUGUCAUGCUCGGGAGCGUCAAGCAGCCACAUACAGCGGGCCCAAAUGUCCAAAAUCUCAUCUUAGCACCCAAAUCAUGGCAAGUUGAGGCAUGGAAUGAGCACCGCGAUGUCUCCCCUGCUUAUGAACUGUGGUGUCAGUGUUUUCCCGACAAUUUUCGGCUUACUCGGUCCUUAUUCCUGUCCCUUCUCUGCCGCGAUGGCUACGCGAUGCAUUACGUGGUUCGUGAGCCAGGGACUACCCAACUACUGGGAUUCUGUGCUACUUAUACCACAUACAUUGGCAGCGACUCGGAAAGAUUGGUUGGCUCUUUAGCCGCUCUUUUUGUUCGACCGUCUUAUCGUCAAAGGGGUAUUGGACUGAGUUUGCACGACCACGCUUCACGCCAACUAAGGAAAACCCGUGGAGUUUGUCGUUUACAGCUCGGAAGCACAUUUCCACGUUUGUUUUACGGAGUUCCAAUGGAAAACCCCUCGGAGGAUUGGUUCUCUCGCCGCAACUGGCCCGUCAAGCCUCAGUCCACCCUACCGGGCGCUGGCCAGGAAACAUGCGACUGGUUGCUUGUGUUUGACGACUGGCCGACGACCACACAGAUGCAUUCGGAACUAACAUUUCGGCCAUGUGAAUUCAGCGAGUACCACAUGGUUAUGGAGAUUGUGGAGAGGGAAUCGAGGGAGAAAGACAAUAUGGGUUGGUACGACCAAUAUGCGAAACUGGAAGGCACCAUGAAUAUCGAGGAUAUCGUGCUCGGUAUUGAGGGACAAACGAUUGUGGCGGUGGCUUUGACGUAUGUCAAGAAUACGGGAAGUCCAGUUUUUGAGGAUCUACCGUGGGCUGGAAUGAUAUCAGACGAUGUUGGCGGAGUCACAUGUAUCUGCAUUUCAGAUCAAAACCCUAGUGUGGUAAAGGGGAGAGAUGCCGUCAUGCUUAGGCUUCUUGACAGUUGCGUCCACAGAUUUGCCCAGCAAGGAUUGAAAAAGAUGUUCAUUGACGCAAUGAAAGGAGGCGAGGAGGGAUUUCAGUCUAUGGGAUUUCAAAAGUGGGCAAGAUACAGAGAAGUCUGGCGUGAUGUAUAA